GGACUAAUUACACACGGUACAGUAACUUGGGUCAAGAAAAGAAACCACGCGCAGCUGAGGUGGUACAUGUAAGGUACUUGAGCUAAAUGCUCACGCAUGGCCACCUGGUUCCUAUUAGGUACCUCACUUAUGUCUCGGCGGAAAUUACCCAUGCCACCCACCGUCCUUAGGGUUCCGGGAGCCUGUGGCCUCUUGACCGUGUCCCACUACAACAUGCUACCGUGAUGAACUCAGAUCCGGUCGAACUAUACUGCGUUUGCCGAUGAGUUCAGGGGCAGAGUCAGGACAGAUGGCUGCCACACAAUCAAACGCACUCCCGGAGGGGAUCGAGAAAUGUGGUGACCGAUAUCUUUCUUCCUCGCCAGGCCCGAAAGUGACAACUGCCCCAGCAACUCCUGAGCCGGCCGUCGAACCCAUCACCAUCGCGGUAGGGUGGGAAGAGCCCGAGGACCAAGAUCCGGAGAACCCAGUGAAUUGGUCGUCGGUGGUGAAAUGGACCAACAUCCUGACUAUCUCGGUCAUUAGUUUCCUAGUGCCACUUGUAUCUUCAAUGCUCGCACCCGCCGUCCAGCAGGUGAUGCAGGACUUCCAGACCACGUCGGCCUCGUUCGCCACCUUUUCCGUGUCCAUCUUUGUGCUGGGCUUUGCGUGCGGCCCGUUGGUGCUCGCGCCCCUGAGCGAGCUUUAUGGCCGGGUGGUCGUCUACCACACGACCAACGUGCUGUUCCUGGCCUUCACCCUCCUGUGUGGUGCCUCCCGGAACGAAGCCAUGCUGCUGGUCUUCCGCUUCCUGUCGGGCUUUGCUGGCGUGGCCACUAUCACGAUCGGCUCCGGAACCAUCGCCGACUUGAUGCCGCGCGAGAAGAGAGGCAAGGCCGUGUCUAUCUGGUCUGUCGGUACCAUCCUCGGUCCGAUGGUCGGCCCCAUCAUCGGCGGUUAUGUGACGGAGGUGGCUGGGUGGAGGUGGAUAUUCUGGGUCGUUUCCAUUGCUAUCGGACUCAUUACCAUCUUUGCCUUCAUUGUCCUGAGGGAAACAUAUCCUGCGGUCUUGCUGGAAAGGAAGGCUGCCCGACUCAACGAGGAGAACAAUAAUUACCCUAGCAUUCGCUACCGAUCCAAGCUCGCUUCUGCUGACACCACUCCACGAGAGCUGUUCAAAUACAGCAUCAUGCGGCCUGCCACAAUGCUCACCUGCUGUCCCGUCGUGACGGUCAUGUGCACCUAUGUCGCCGUCCUCUACGGCAUCCUCUACCUACUUUUCGCAACGUACUCCUUCGUCUUCAAGGACGUCUACGCAUUCUCGACCUCUGCCGCCGGUCUGGUCUUCCUUCCCGGCGGCGUCGGCACUCUGCUUGGGCUGCUCUACACGGCGCAAUGGAGCGACAGGACCGUCAGGAGACGGACGGCGGCCGGCAAGACAGCCACACCCGAGGACCGUCUUGCGCUGGUCAUCACGCUGCCCGGGGCCCUGGCGUUCCCGCUGGGUUUAUUUCUGUAUGGGUGGAGCGUGGAAGGGCAUCUCCACUGGAUCGUGCCCCAGAUCGGAACGGCCGUGACCGGGUUCGGGUCGAUUCUGAUCUUCGUUGGCAUCCAGACGUACCUGAUUGAUGCGUUUGAGGAGUAUGCAGCCAGCGUGGUCGGUGCCAACGCAGUGUUGCGAGGCACCGCCGGGGCACUCAUUCCUCUCUGCGGCCUGGACUUAUACUAUAGCUUCGGCUGGGGCUGGGGGAACAGCUUACUGGCGUUUAUUGCCCUUGUGUUUGCCCCCGUGCCCUGGGUUGUAGGCAGGUAUGGGACGAAGCUGCGUCGUUUGAGGGUCUUUCAAGUCAGAUUUCUAUAGUACUGUACAGGCCUGAUGAUGAUCGCAGAUGCACUGGGGACACAGAAAUUUC